AACUCGACCCGCACAAUUCGUUAGUGUACGGAUUGGGUACUCACCCGUAAAGAGUCGGAUGGGCUGGAUCCGGUCAGUGACAAAUGCUAUAACAUUUAUUGUCAAAUCCAACGGAAGAAACCUAACUGUAUAACCUAGAUUCUUCGAAAGAAAAUAAUGAAAGAAACCCUAGAAAUUCAAAAUUCUCUAGCAGCUCCACUGAUUCUCAUCUUGACUUUCUUUCUCCAAAUUGCCCCAGUGUUUCUAUCGUACCUCAAAGAAAAGAGAGGAUCAUGGAAUGCGAAGGAGAUCGAAUUAAAACAGCAAAUAAAAGAACUCUUGAAAGAGGCAGCUCCCUUGUCAAAUCCAUCAACUUUUGCUCAAGCUGCAUUACUUAGAAGGAAGGCAGCAGCAAAGGAGAAGGAACUUGAACAAUGUCAGGAGUUGCAUAAACAGAAGAAUCAUUACGACAUGUGUUUGAAAGCUCUCUCGGUUUUAAAGGUCAUUGCAUAUCCGCUACUCAUUCUAUGGUUUUGGAGAAAUCCUGUAGCUGUUGUCCCUCAGCAACUUGUACAACCUUUAGGAAGGAUAUUUUCUUGGAGAACUCUGGAUCCUGUGAGCAGCCACAUUAUGGUCGGCAUAAUACCCUGGUUAGUGAUAUCUAGCCGUGUCAGCAAGUUUAUUUGUCAGAAGAUCAUCAAGUAGGGGAGUGUAAUUUAUUAGCUGUACCAGUACGUUGCAGCAACAGGACAAAGGUUAAAAAUGCAUCCCCUUGGACUUGGAUUGAAGAUGUGAGGAGAUCAUUUGACUGUCAAAUGUAUAGGAUUAUGUACAACAGUACAAGUCUACAAGACAAAGGGAACAAGACUUUCUCUGUGAAAACUUCCUAUGUGGAUCUCAUUGGCAUAUCUAUAAACUCCGAUCCAAGUGAAAGAUCAUUGUAUAAUCAUCAUUUGUUAAUACUUUAAACAAGAGAAAUUCCAUCUGAUUAAUAUCCUAAUACAAUUCUUUGAACUUCAAAAUGAAGUGUUGUUCC